AUGUCUUUGUCCGAAGGCGCACUGAGACCCAGUGACUUGCUGGCUCAGUUUAAACACAUUGAAGCCAGAACCACGGCUCAGAUCCGGGCUGCUGAACUGCUGGACAACACAGUGGAGCUGAUCAGAGAGAUGGUCUACACCAACACUAUGGUGCAGCCCAACCCAUACGAGCUGCUGAGUGACGGAGAUGUAGAGAAUCUGCUGCAGGUGACGGGCUGCUCUGCUGAGCUGCAGACACCCAGCUGUCAGACAGACUGUCUGUCUGAGCGCUACAGAUCCAUCACAGGCGAGUGCAACAACAGACAACAUCCACGAUGGGGUGCUGCCAACAUCCCGUAUUCCCGCUGGUUGCCCCCCGAGUACGAGGAUGUGUGGGGGACGCCCAAAGGCUGGGAACCGAAACACACCUACCACAACUUCAGCCUGCCUCCAGUGCGCCUCGUGUCACAGGAAGUGCUGUUUACUCACAAUGACAACAUCUCUGUGGACUCAACUCUGUCCCACCUGCUGGUGGACUGGGGUCAGUGGAUCGACCACGAUGUGGUGCUGACGCCUCAGAGCCCCAGUAGAGCUGCUUUCAAGACCGGAGCUGACUGCACCCACACCUGCAGCCGAUACACACCCUGCUUCCCCAUUCAGAUCCCACUUUCUGAUCCUCGUUAUGGCAUCCAGAGUUGUAUGCCUUUCUUCCGCUCUGCUCCCAGCUGCAACACUGGAGUUCUGCCUCAUCGCCAUCGUGAGCAGCUCAACGCCAUCACCUCCUUUGUAGACGCCAGCAUGGUGUACGGCAGCACCAACAGUCUGGCCUCCGUUCUCAGAAACACCUCAUCUCCUCUGGGCUCAAUGGCCCUCAACUCCCAGCACUCAGACCAAGAUCUGGCCUACAUGCCCUUCCUGCCUCGUCUGCAGGCUCACCUGGACCCCUGUGGUCCUCGCAACUCCACUACCUCAGAGGCAUCAGGCAGGUCUGUGCACCUGGACAACACCACGUCCUGCUUUCAAGCUGGUGAUUCGAGAGCCAAUGAACAUUUGGGACUGAUCGCGCUGCACACACUCUUUCUGAGAGAACACAACCGACUGGUCGAAGAGCUGCACCUGCUCAACCUUCACUGGAGCCCUGAGACUCUCUAUCAGGAGGCGCGCAAGAUCAUAGGAGCCAUUCACCAGAUCCUAACAUGGGAGCACUACCUGCCACGGAUUCUUGGUGAGAGUGCCAUGUCUCAUCUGAUGCCUCCCUACCAGGGAUAUGAUCCUGACGUGGAUCCCAGCAUUGCUAACAUAUUUGCAACUGCUGCAUUUCGUUUUGCUCACGUCACCGUGCAGCCAGUGGUGACCCGGUUGGGGCCAGGAUACACCAUGAACUCCCAGUAUCCCCCGCUGCCGCUGCAUCAUUCACUGUUUGCCUCUUGGAGGGUUGUGCAGGAAGGUGGGAUAGACCCUGUGCUGCGUGGCCUGUUGCUGUCUCCGGCUAAGCUGCAGACUGCUGGUCAGAUGAUGGUGGAGGAGCUGACGGAGAGGCUGUUCCAGGCACAGGGAGGGAUGCCUCUGGACCUCGGGGCCCUAAACCUCCAGAGGGGUCGGGACCACGGCCUGCCGGGAUACGCUUCUUGGCGAAGGUUCUGUGGCCUUCCUGUUCCCAGUAAUACAUCAGAGCUGGCUGAAAUUCUAGGUAACUUCACUCUGGCUCACAAAUUCCAGCGUUUAUACGGAACACCAUACAACAUCGAUGUGUGGGUGGGGGCCAUCUCUGAGCCCGCUCUGCCUGGAGGCCGAGUCGGCCCGCUUCUGUCCUGCCUGCUGGCCAGACAGUUCAGAGCGCUGAGAGACGGGGACAGGUUUUGGUGGGAGCGCGAAGGAGUGUUCAGCAGCACCCAGAGGAGACACCUGCAUGGCAUCUCUCUGUCCCGCAUCAUUUGUGACAACAGCCACAUCACCCACGUCCCUGCCGACCCGUUCUCACGGACAGAGAGACCAGAGGACAUGCUGACCUGUUCCCACCCGCUCAUCCCUCACCUUGACCUCAGCCCCUGGAAAGAACCAGACUCAGACCCCAGCUGCGGUCCGAUACCCAGGAUUCAGUCCGGCUACUCCAUGCUCUGUAACUCCGUGAUUCUUUAUCAGUGUCACUCGGGCUUCAGGCUGCUGGGCUCUUCGUCUGUCAGCUGUGAUCCAAGCAGCCAGCAGUGGAGCCCCACGCCCCCAACAUGUCAAGAUGUAAAUGAAUGUGAAGAGCUGAUUUCUCCUUGUCCACAACACUUAGAGUGCCUCAACAUGCAAGGUUCCUUUAUUUGCUCAGAGCCCUCCUCGCUGUCUGCUGUCUCUGUUGUCACUGCGGUGAUGGUGGUGAUCGGUGGUGUGGUCGUGCUGGUGAUGAUCAUGAUCUGUUAUCGAAGGUAG